AUGCAAAAGGCGAGCUCUCGCAUCACCACCGACAGCUCCACGCGUUACGGUGACUCCAGCAAUUCUGGUCAGUGGUCACAAUGGUUUGGUCGCAAACAUUACUCUCUCGAAGUAGUGCAGCACCCAAUUCGCGCUCGCAUGUGCGGGUUUGGUGACAAGGAUCGACGACCUUUGGCCCCUGCAGUCGUUGCCAAAAUGGUUGUUCGACGAGAGGAUAAUUCCAUCGUAGAUGUCGACGAAGUGGACUGCUCUUUUUUCCUCGUCACCGUCGACCUUUGGUCGGCCGAUGGGUCGCGAGAGAUGAACCUCGUUCUACACCCCUCGUCGGCGUCGGACCGGUAUGUACCCGUCGGUGCGAACAAAUCCAAGCACCAAAGAGGCAGUAAUCCGACGGUGCACUCUCCUCGUAGCGACCACCCUAGUCCACCUUCCUCCCAUUCCACUCCAACUUCCGCCACUGAGCCGUCUCGCAUCCCAAUGGACGCACAGUCCUCAGUCAACCCGGUCCUGGGCUGUGCCCCGUCAGCGCCUGGGUAUAACCACCCCAAUUAUCCGUACGUAACUGGGGGCACACCUGUACCUGAUUCUGCCAGUUAUCCCGGGUCAAGUCCAUUCACUUCCUCGCCGGAUUCUCCAGGUGGAUGGGGUUAUACACAUGCAACUGGCUCUGGGCAAGUCGAUCGCUCCAACUUCCAGAAUCCCAUGCUUCGUGGCGCUCCAAGAAACGGCAUGCAAGCGGUCACCUCGGCAGAACCCUGGCAUGGACAGACCGGCUUUCGUACCGAUCAUGACACGAGCAAUUUUCGGAGUUGGUCAGCCGUAGCGGACCCUCCAUAUGGGCUGCCUACUCCCUCUCAAGGCAGUGUCUACGGUAACCAGGAGGUUGACUCCACAGCGCGGUCGCAUCCACCAGCAGACAUAGGGCAGGGCAGAUAUCCGCAGGAAUCGUAUAGCGUGGCAGGACCGGGAUAUGACAACCCAACAGUUUACAGCUCACCUAUUCACCCACAUCAAUCUCCACAAACCACAUACUACCAACAUAACUAUUCUCAGAGCACGUCCUCAUCUUCAUCACCUGCCAGCGCACAUUCCCUUUCCCGACACCCUUAUACCCGCACACUUGUGGGACCGCUUUCUUCAAAUGCCUGUCGUCUCUUGGACGAGCACCGCAGACCGGGAAUCUUUUUUCUUUUCCAGGACCUGUCAGUACGCACUGAAGGGAAGUUUCGACUUCGAUUACGCUUGAUGAACGUUGGAGAUUCACCAACACCCGGGUCAGCUGCUACUCGUGUACACACCGCUUCAUCUCCUGUUUUAGCACAAACAUUUACGGAGGCCUUUACUGUCUACUCUGCCAAGCGAUUUCCAGGUGUGCCAGACACAACACCGUUGUCGAUUGCAUUUGGCAAUCAGGGACAGAAACUGCCACUGGUGAGCCCUUCCUUCGGACCAGGCAUCGGAUACUCAUUACGACCGACCUUGCAGCGAAACCGCCACGGCACUGGCUCCGGGCAAAGCCGGAGAACACAUCAAGGAGAAUCUGGGGACUCCGACGAAUCGGAUGACACGCGAUGA